AUGCGUCCCACGUUCGUCAGAGCGUUCUCGAGCGAUCUUUUGGACGACAUCCUUGACUCUGAAAUCAAUCAAUCAUCGACCAGUCCUGGAUUGCCAGCGAUAAACGGUACAGCUGAUGGGGAUGAGGGACAACCACCCAGACAGUUCAUAGUCGCGGUGGACUUUGGGACAACGUUCUCCGCAGUGGCGUACACCGUCCUGAGACCGGGCGAGGAGAGAACACUUGUAGAUAUCCACCAGGUUUCAUGCAUUGCGAACUACGACGACGUUGCUGAGAGUGUGCGAGGGUUGAUUAUGGAAGUGCCCACUGAGACGUGCUAUCCUCUUGGAACCAGGGACCUUCUCCUACGCAAUGAGCCGGCUCAAGCGAGGUUUGGUGAGAUGAUGGAUGUUGACGCUGCCGUAACCACCGCCCCGACCGACACGGAUCAGAUCUUCCGGUGGGGGUUCUCUGUACAUGAGCAUUUCAGAUUACCGGAUGCAGAUCGUAGGAACUUUCAGAGAGUCACCCGUUCCAAGUUGCUGUUGGACAAGACCGAUUGCACUAGGGAGCUCCGGGAACAACUGCAGGUUACUGCAAAAGAACUGGAGGCAUUAGGGAUCAUCACAAACGGCAUGGAUUUAAUCGUUGACUUCUUGAGGCACUUGCUCGCGCAUACUAAAGCUCAACUCAUUAGAUCACACGGCUUCAACGACAACGACUCGGUUGAGUGGGUGCUCUGUGUUCCAGUAGUCUGGCGAAGACGGGCAGUGAGAAAGAUGCAAGAUGCAUUAGCUGAAGCCAGCCAUCGAUCGCUCUUCGGUCGAACCAUAUCGAACAGUGUGGAGAAUCUCUACAUCGUUUCCGAACCGGAGGCAGCAGCGGCCUGUGUUUUGGCAUCCACUCGAGAGAUUAAGGCCGGGGAUACUUUCAUGAUUCUCGAUGCCGGGGGUGGGACUGUCGACGCCGUCAUAUAUAAGUUGAGAAACACUGAACCCCUGCAGAUGGAAAAGGAAGCUGUGAAACCAGAAGGUGCUCUAUGCGGCUCUAGUUAUUUGAAUGAACGAUUUGAGGAGAUUUUGCGUGACAGAUUAAGGGAUGAAACCUACCUCGCUUCUCCCACAGCUGGGACAGGCAAAAAGAUAACCAUUGAGGGAAUCAUUGCAUCCAAAGUUUGUGAAUUCGAAACCCGAGUAAAAAGAAAUUGCGACAUCAUGGAUCGCAAUUUCACGGGUCACCCGUUCUUUAUACAGGGACUCAAGGAAAAUCAAGCAAAAAAGUUCACAGACAACCGAAUGAGACUGGAUAAAAAUGAUUUUAUUACUAUUUUCCGCCCUUGUUUGGAGGGAGUCUCCAAACUCAUGCUUAAACAGCUCGAGUCCGCCCGCAGAAGUGGAAUCAUCGUGAAGAAAAUCUUACUCAUUGGAGGUUUUGCUGCGUCACCUUCUCUCCAUCGCUAUAUCGAGGCAACCUUGGCCAAGCGGUCAAUCGACAUCGGAGUCCUGCGCCCUGACAUCCCCGAAACUGCCGUUGCGUGCGGUGCAGUUCUCCGGGCUCUCAAUCGAGAACUGGGACCCGUUAGGAUUAUCCAAUCGAGCUACGGUUACCUGCGCACCGAGCCCUGGGAUCCUGAUGCUAUUGAGGCUCAUCGCUCAAGCAGGCCUAAGCAGGCGGACCCAAAUGACGGAGACUUAUACGUGAAGAAUACCAUACAUUGGUUUCUGAAGAAGGGAGACGAAGUUCCUCCGUUUGAUGAAUACAGGUUUCGAACCAUGUUCACAUUCCCAGCGAACUCAAAGCAGAGGUUUAAGUGCAACCAGCAUCUGUAUGUUUCGGACAAGCGUCACGAGAGCCAUUACAAACGAGGCCACAGAAACAAUACAGGGGCUAAGCUGGCGGGCACGAUCAAGCUUGAUAUGACGUUCUUGCGUACCGAGGGCUACAUCCGGCCCAUCAAGCCGGAUAAUUUGCAUGGUAGACGUCAUUACCGCGUAGAGUAUGAUCUUGUCAUGAUUGUCGAUGGGUACAAUAUCAAAUACGAGGCCCGCUGGGAUAAUGGGCAGGGAGAACGAGUCCUCGCGCAGAAGCAAAUCAACAUUGCGGCAGCCUUUGCCAGUCUUGAAUCCGAGGAUGAGUCGGAAGAGGGUGAAGAGGGCGAAGAGGACCGUCUUACUGACUGA